AUGGCUGAGAGUUCAUCGGGUGGAACCCCAAACGACUCUCCGGCCUGUCGUAGGCCGGCCCUGAAAAAAAUCACCGGGCCUGAACAGCUCAAGGAAACAGAACGUUUACAUGCCAACACCAACGAUUUGCAUCUCAUCAUGAACGAGCUUAAAGAUUCACAAAAUACCAAAGAGGAAUCAACAUCAUUAUCAAAUCAAUAUUCGGCACCUGACGGGCUCAUCGAUACUCAAGCGGGGAGAAAAUAUUGGGAGAAUGCGGAAGCCAGUACUGAUGGCAUGCUAGGCGGUAUCCCGACCUUUCAGGCUUACAGCCACAUUUCCAGGACUGAUAUUCUCGGCUCCCGCUCGUUUUUGGCAAAACUAAACAUUGGUGUAAAAAGCGGUCGGUCUACUGUCAAGAGUGCUGUGGACGCAGGGGCAGGAAUCGGAAGGAUCACGAAAGACUUGCUUUUAUCAAUCGCCGAAAGAGUUGACGUGGUGGAGCCUAUUGCACGGUUUACUGAGCCGCUCAAGGGAACAAAAGGCGUGAGAAACAUCUUCAACGUCGGCCUUGAGGAUUGGCAACCCAUUGAGGGCACCAAGUAUGAUCUGAUAUGGACGCAGUGGUGUCUGGGUCAUCUUACGGAUGAACAAGUUGUGAAAUACUUGGAAGUUUGCAAAUCGCAUCUCACGGCAGGAACGGGUUGGAUCAUCGUCAAGGAGAAUUUGAGCACUGGCUUGGACGACAUGUUUGACGCAACAGAUAGCAGCAUCACCAGACUAGACGAGAAAUUCCGAGCACUGUUUGCGCAGGCAAACCUGCGGCUGGUACGGACAGAUCUACAGCGUGUCAGCCCUCUGCAGUCAUCGCGACGACUUCUCCCGGUGCGCAUGUACGCCCUGAAGCCGCGAUGA